AUGAGGCUGUCAAUUACUUUGGUAUUCUUGCUUGCGGCGCUCGGUCUAGCUGUUCCCUUUGAGGAAUGCAAGCCGGGCGCAGGGAAAGAUCCAACGACACCGAAAGGACGCAAGCCGUCGGGCUCCAGUGGACGGAAACCAUCGAACGGACGCGGAAAUGCCACUACAACUGUGAACGGACGGCACCGUAAUGUUCUCUACGUGACAAACUGGAGCAUAUACGGUGCUGGCUACAACCCAGACAACGUUCCUAUCGACAAGAUCACCCAUGUGCUCUACGCCUUCGCUGAUAUACAGCCGAAUGGAACCGUUGUCUCUGGAGACCCAUGGGCUGAUACGGGAAAGCCCUUCGCCAAGGAUAAUCCGUCUGAGCCCGGUCACAAUGCCUACGGCUUGGUCAAGCAGUUGUACAUGAAGAAGAUGGCCAACAGACAGUUGAAGGUCAUCCUCUCCAUAGGAGGGUACAACUGGUCUCCGAAAUUCACGCCCGUCAUCGCCGACGACAAACUGCGAGCCAACUUUGUGGCCUCCUCCGUCAAAAUGGUCGCCGACCACGGAUUUGAUGGGCUCGAUGUUGACUACGAGUAUCCCAACACGACCGAGAAAAGUAACAACACCGUCAAGCUUCUCUCCGAACUCCGCAAGGGUCUUGACCAGUACUCAGCCAAGUACGCCAACGGGUAUCACUUUACUCUGGGAUUUGCCGCGCCAGCCGGACCUCAGAACUACGCCAAGAUGGACUUCAAGGGGAUGGACAAAUCAUUGGACUUCUGGUCCCUCAUGGGCUUCGACUUUGCCGGCAGUUGGGAGAACACUACCGGGCACCAAUCGAACGUCUACACCAGCAAGAAAAAUCCUCUGAGCACCAGAGCCAGCAUCGACCAGGCCGUCAAUGACUACACCAAGGCCGGCAUUCCAGCAACGAAGAUCAAUUUGGGCAUGCCCCUCUACGGCCGGGCUUUCAAUGGCACCAAGGGUAUGGGGAAGUCUUAUCGCGGCUUGCCGAAUGGCACGUUGGACCAGGCCGGAAUCUGGUCUUACAAAGACCUUCCUCGACCAGGAUCGAGGGUCAUCUGGGACAAUGUUGUUAAAGCAACCUAUUCAUACGACAACGCCACACAGCAGCUUGUCUCCUACGACGAUCUGAAGAGUGCCCUUUACAAGCAGGAGUACAUCAAGAAAAAGAAGCUAGGGGGCGCCAUGUUCUGGGAAGCCUCUGGUGACAAGUUGGGAGAUGAGAGUAUUGUGCGCAAUAUGGCCACGUGGAUGGGCAAGAUUGAACACUCGAAGAACUUGAUCUCUUAUCCGGUGUCGAAGUACGAUAAUAUAAGGAACAAUAUGAAAGGCAGCAACGCUACGAACACCUCUGGUCGGAAGAAAAGCCUCGCGGCUUGGCUAUAUCUUUCAGGACAUUGA